UGUAGUACCAGUUGUGUUUCGUUUACUACGAUCUUAGGCCACAUUUUUUGUGUUUCUCAGAUAAACAUCUGAGCUUUCUGUUUGACUGACUAAUAAAGAAAUGUGAUGCUUCACCUAUACUGAAUAAAAGAUUGCUGUAGGUCUGUCAGUUUCAAAAAAGUAAUAGUAGUAGAGAAAAAAGAACGCCCACAAACGAUUCUAAUCCAGAUGAGGAUUAUGCAGCAUCUUUCUUCAGGAGACACUUUUGGCUGCCAUUACCAUGCAGUCCUGUGGAAGGCCUGCACAGAGCAUGUGGAUAGCUCUUCUUUCUGCGCAUGGCAAAAAGCGACUUCAUAGGAAAACACGGCUUCCACCUAUGCAGUUCUGCGUCUUUUCUUCAGGGUCAUCUGUACAGCAAACUUGCACAGACCUGGACUCCAACUCAACAGUAAAGCAGUUGCACAAACCGGUCAUGUUGAGAGAGGUGGUCAGCUUCUUGGACCUCAAGCCAGGACAGGUUUUCCUGGACAUGACAUUUGGAGCUGGUGGCCACACCAAGGCCAUUUUGAAUGCCACACCUGGUGUGACUGUGUAUGCCCUGGACCGUGACCCUUUAGCUUUUCAAAUGGCCCAACAGCUGUCAGCAGAGCAACUGUCAUCCUCCAGCAGUCGGGUCCACCCUAUACUGGGGCGGUUCAGUGACGUCGUUGACCUUCUUUCACGGCAAGGUGUGCAUCCGGGCAGUCUGGAUGCUGUUCUCCUGGAUGCUGGCUGCUCCUCCAUGCAGCUGGACAACCCAAAAAGGGGCUUCUCCAUCAGCAAGGAUGGGCCACUGGACAUGCGGAUGGAUGAAAACAGGUUCCCUACCAUGCCCGAUGCCGCUGACGUGGUGAAUGCCUUAGAUCAACAGGCACUUGUGUCCAUACUGAGCACGUACGGGGAGGAGAGGUACGCCAAGAAAAUAGCUUCGGCAAUCGUGGCGGCACGCAGCAUCCAGCCCAUCACCAGGACCCAGCAGCUAGCCAGCAUCAUUGCAGGUGCAUUCUCUCCCUCCGUCCUGUAUGCUCGCAAAGACCUACUUCAACGGCCUGCACAUGUGGCCACCAAGACCUUUCAGGCUCUGCGCAUUUUUGUCAAUGAUGAGCUGCAUGAGUUGCACAGUGGACUGCAGGCAGCUGAGAUGUUGCUAGGUUGUGGUGGCCGGCUCUGCGUGCUAACCUUCCAUUCCCUAGAGGACCGUUUGGUCAAGCGCUUCUUGCAUGGCCUGGAUGUGACCGCCCCACCCCGCCGAAGUGUCCGUCAGUGGGUACUUCAGGGAAGGACUAUUGGGGACCAAGAGGAGAAGGAGGAUGAGGAGGACGAGGGGGUGGUGACUGCAAGGAAUGCCUGCUGGGUCUGUGAGCCAAAGAAGGCUAUAAUGCCCCAGGAGGCAGAGCUACAGGAGAAUCCCAGAGGACGCUCAGCCAAGCUCAGGGCAGCUGUGAGGCUGUAGGACCAAGUACAUCCUGUCCUUGUAGGUCCUCAGUAGGAAUCUGUCUCUUAUUACCAGACAGGGAGCUCUGUGCCUGACAGUGUAUGAACACCAUUUAUGUUUUAUAUGGUAGUAUGAUUUAAUGGCUAAUUGGCUGCUUUACAUGCUGCAUUUUUAUGUGUUUCUUUAACUCAAAUGGGAAAAAUGUAAAGUAUGCAAACGGUGUGGUAAAAGGUUUAUUUAUGCAAAAUGGCCUGAAGUAUGCUUACAUGGAAUAUAAGUAUAUUUAUUGGCAAAAGUCUGGGGAAGUUGAGGUGUGUUCUUUCUGUCAUAGUGACUGUUUGUGAUUCCUCCACAUCAGCAAACAGAGCUACGAUAUUUUCAUUACGUUGGGGCAAACAGAAAUCUACCUCUCUGCUGCUGACUUGUUUUAGAUAUAGCUGCUGACAGUUUGGUGAGUUACUUCAUGUUCCCAGAGCCACGAGUAACCACACUUGCACUCAUUCCUGGAAAAGAAUCAGGCCAUCAUACUUAAACCAAGCACACUUUUCAUUUACAUGUUUACUGCACACACUGCCAGUUUUCCAUUUGCUUCAGAAUUACUGAUUUACAAAUUCUGUUACAAAUAUAUAGCUCUU